ACAAUAUGUUGCCUCUGAGAUCUGCACCGACAGACAACAUUUAGCAUAUUUCAAGGUUAGAGCAUUGCAAAUAUCUAAGUAGAAAAAUUAUGGCUCAGAAUCUGGAAACUGUGUUGGAACUCAAGUCAAGUGCUGAGCAAUUCUUGAGUCUAUGGAAGGGUCGAGCUCACCAGGUGCCUGACCAUACCCCUUCCAAUAUUCAUGCAGUUCAUGUCCAUGAAGGUGAUUGGGAGACUUCUGGCUGUAUUUUGGUAUGGAAGUACACUAUAGAUGGAAGAAAAGAGGUAUUCAAACAAAAGCUUACAGUGGAUGAUGAGAAAAAACAAGUGAUUAUGAUUGGUGUGGGAGGUGAUUUAUUGAACAUGUACAAGGUCUAUAAUAUUGUUUGGGAGUUGACUCCUAAGCCACAAGGCAGCUCUACCAAAAUCACUGUUGAAUAUGAGAAGCUCAAUGAGACUGUUCCUGCUCCUCAUAGUUACCUGGAUUUUCUUGUCCAAAUCACUAAGGAUAUGGAUGAAGGGAUCAUCAAGGUCUCUGAAUAAAAUCAAAAACGAUAUUAUUAAUAUAUAUUGGAGUCGCACUGAUCGACAGGAAGAGCUCGACUUCUUGCCUUGCAUUACCAUAACGAGAAAAAAAAUGAAUUAGUAUAUAUCUUUCAAAAUUAAAUAAAACUGUGUGAGAGAGACCAAAUAUAUAUAUUUGUAAUAUCUUGAAGUAUGAUUUGUGUGCAUGCAUGCACGAGAGUUUUAGUGUUUUUAUGUGUGAUGUCCUAAAACGAGUGUUGUAUAUGUAUUUGUUUAAAUAAAAGGGAAUUAUCAUUUGUUGGUAUUGCAUGUA